GACGUCACGGGGUUAAAGUUGAGCCGUGCAUUACUAAACCAGCCUUGUUGCAGAGCCAGCUUGCUUUCAGGACGGCACUACGGUAUCGUAGCAGCUAAAGGGAGCACGAAGAAACCAAAAAUGCUGCUCUCAACUUUACGGACUACAAUAUCUUACGGCUGCAGAUGUGCUGGCAGGGGUUUUGAACAGAGCGGCCAUCAGCGGCCACAGCUGCGACAAUGGCUCGUACGGAGAAACCAGAGCUCCAUCAGCGUCGAAGCGGCAUCGCCCUCCACCCCAGCAGCGGCCGUAGCUGUACCAAACGCAGCAACGAACCGCAUAGUGGGUCGCUGGUUGCUCGGCUGCAGUGGGCUGGUGGUUGGGGCGGUGGUCUUGGGUGGCGUCACAAGGUUAACGGAAUCUGGGCUCUCGAUGGUCGACUGGCAUCUGGUGAGAGAGAUGAGACCACCUCAGUCUGAGGAAGAGUGGGAGGCAGAGUUUUCCAAGUACAAGCAGUUCCCAGAGUUCAAAAUCCUUAACCAUGAGAUGACUCUCCCUGAGUUUAAGUUCAUCUUCUACAUGGAGUGGGGCCACCGCAUGUGGGGCAGGCUGGUGGGACUGGCGUACAUCCUGCCCACAGUUUACUUCUGGAGAAAAGGAUACUUCACUCGUUCCCUGAAGGGAAAAGUGCUGGGUCUGUGUGGAUUCGUGUUCUUCCAGGGCCUCCUUGGAUGGUACAUGGUAAAAAGUGGGCUGGAGGAAAAGCCUGAAUCCCAUGAUGUCCCUCGGGUCAGCCAGUACCGUCUGUGUGCUCAUCUUGGUUCUGCCUUGGUGCUCUACUCUGCUAGUCUCUGGACUGGGCUUACUCUGCUGCUGCCUGCACACAAGAUGGCAGACACAAGACGUCUCACGCAGCUCAGAAGGUUUGCAAAGGGUACCGGUGGACUGGUGUUCCUAACUGCUCUGUCAGGUGCCUUUGUUGCUGGUUUGGAUGCUGGGCUGGUGUAUAACUCCUUCCCUAAGAUGGCAGAUAAAUGGAUCCCUGAUGACAUCUUGGCCUUCUCUCCUGCUCUUAGAAACAUUUUUGAAAAUCCCACCACGGUGCAAUUUGAUCACAGAAUUCUGGCCAUUGGGUCUUUGACAGCAAUCACUGGCCUUUAUCUAUUCUCAAGGAGGAUGAUGCUACCCAGAAGGGCUAAGAUUGCCAUCGGUCUCCUUGCAGCAAUGGCUUAUACACAGGUAGCCCUCGGUAUCAGCACACUCCUCCUGUAUGUUCCUACUCCACUGGCAGCAACGCACCAGUCAGGCUCCGUCGCCCUUCUGACUCUUGCCAUUUGGGUUCUGGCAGAACUUCGUAAAAUGCCAAAGUAAAGCCUUCUCCUUUGUGGACAUAUCCAAGCCUGUUUAACCACAUGACGGCGCCUGAAAAGUUUUGACUGGCAAUAAAAUGAAGCAAGAGUGAAAAAGAAGAGAGAUGAUCCUUAUUUAACUCUGGGGGGUUAUUUAUAUGCUUUUCAACUUGAGCUUUUAUUUUUUUCUGUCUUACCAUGUACAUAAACUCAUUAUUGUAUACAGCCUUGUUGGCUUAUCACCUUUGCACUGGUUGCUGGUUGAAAUUGUUUUGACUCUUGAGAUAACAUGUAAAUAUCAAUUAAUAAAGUUAUGAUCCAUAA